CUGGUUGAGCUGUGUGGGGGAGGCUGCCGCUUCCUGUUGAAAGCCUGUGCUCCUGCAGGUGUCAAUAAGCUAUCUGCUUAUUGCUAGGCGGGGUCUCGUACAGAGACCUGACAUUCCUGUCGUGUUACAGAGAAAGAAGAGAGCCCAGCGUGGGAUUCCCAUGGGACAGUGGUGUAACGGGCGUCAGUCAGCAGGAGCUGUCUGGAUGUCAUGGAUCAGAUCUGUCCUAGGAUGAAAUCUGUUAAGAUUGUUACUAUGCAAGGUGCAAACAGUAACAGCAGAAAGACUGGGACCAGCAGCCUGGGCAGGGGAGAAGCCAGGAUGUCCAGCUGGUUUGGAAGAUGCCCGCUCCCCAACCCACAGUGAAGCCACCCGUUGCCUGUCCUUUGAGCCUCAUGGCUUGGUCCCAGAGACUCCGGACUGUCUGAUGGACAAAACCCGACCUGCUGACAUGGAGGCAGCGUUGAUCUUGGAGGAAGAUUCAGGUGCCUGCUUUUUCUGCAAAGUGACGCGGGUGUCAUGGCUUGCAGGAGCUCCUUCCUGCUGCUGCCCCCGGUGCUGCUGGUGCUCCUGGCCACAGCCCUGGGAAUGGUGGCCCGGUCAGGACUGUGACCGAGGGAGGACUUGUUACCCAGGUUCCAGGCUGUUGACAGCAGAUUCUGUGGAGCUGCAGGCAGUGGAGGGACAGACACUGACUGUGCGGUGCUCGUACACACCCGAGACGGGACCCUAUGUGAGUAAAAGCUGGUGUCGCCAGACAAGUGUGAAGAGUUGUACAAGGGUGGUCACUACCUACCAGCCUCAGACGGCAGUGGAAAAGUCACGGCACACAAUCUGGGAUGACCCCGAAGCUGGUUUCCUGGUGGUCAACAUCACUGACCUGCAGGAGGAUGACUCGGGGUCCUACUGGUGCGGGAACUACAAUGCUUCCGAAAACACGAUCUUCAUUCUCAGAAACAUCACUCUGGUGGUGUCUCCAGCCCCAUCCAGUGCUCCCACGUGGACCACAACCACAGCUCUGGUCAGUUCUCCAGAGGGGACCUCUGGCCUCUCCUUCAAUGGAUCUGAGCACAGGAGAAACUCUGGUGCUGCCUCCUCCCCGGACCUCCUGUUCCUCCUGGAGUGUGGACUCCUGGCACUCAAGGCCGCGUUGCUGUUGGUGCUGUGUGCGGUCCUGUGCUGCUGGUGGGGCUGCAGGGGUCACAAGGACACGGUGGUGACAGAAGGGAUGGAGAUUUCUGAUUAUGCCAACUUCACCCAUGCCCCAGAGCCCUUGGGUAUCGUUGGCCACAUCCCUGGACACAGGAGAAACACCUAUUCUCCUGCCCCUGACCACUGACUGCAGCAGCACUAUGAGGAAAAGCCAGUGCUCUAACCCGGGGGCGACAACUUCCUGUCCCCCAAUCAUCAGUGAUAAGGAGCCCUUGGAGACUCCCUCCGCCUGUGGAGAGCAUUCUAAGGUCCACUUCCACUGCCCUGCCCCCAAGCUGGCCACUUGUGGUCAGGUAAUUAUUUAUACUGCUGUGGGCCAGCGCUCAGCUCAGCAUCUCCCCCCAGCUGCAUGCAUCCUCCCUGCUUCCCAGGGACCUUGCAUCCUUCCACCUGCCUCGACCGGGCGACAGGAUGCCUGCCGUCGCGUGACUCUGCAGUACGACACCUCUAAGUAUAUCUUCUUGCAUUUAAACUCAACCCCUUGGACCCUGUCUCACUGAGCGAGAUCUGUGAGCAGAUCCCCUUGGCUUCCUGUCUUCCCACCCCACAUAUCUUCAUCUGAGAUAAAAAUGGCUUUAAAAUAAAUGAUGGAAUUGAAAUUAAGGGGGCUGGGGAUUUAGCUCAGCGGCAUAAGCACCUGCCUUGUAAGCAGGCGGUCGUGAGUUCGAUACCUGGUACCGAUAAAAAUGAAAAAGACAAAAAAAAAAAAAAAAAAAAAAAAAAAAAUGAAAUUAAGAAAAAAAAAUUGAAGUUAAGAAAGGUUGUGAUCACCAGACUGAACACUGAGGAAGUCUUACAAGUUCAAGAAAAACUCAGAUGCAAUUAAAAUAACAAAAAAGUCUCCAAGCAGAAGCCUGCACCAUCGUCUAUAAGUAACAUCUGACCACCAGGAUCCUGUGUUCUGUUCGUUCAGCAUGGAGGUGGUUUUGUAGCCUGGAAGAGAAAAAUUCAGUUGAAUAAAACAAAAUAAUUGAAUGGGGGUGAAAAAAAGAAAAAUUUUAGGAAACGGAAGACAUCACAGCCAUAAAACAAGAACAGCUAGGGUCACAUUCAGAGCACUUCAUGUCCAGGGAGACCUGGGCACUGGCCACCAAGAACAGUGACCACCUGGAAGGACCAGCGAUGACACAGGCCACCACCGAGAGAGUGCAGCCUGGACAGCACAAACUUUCCCAUUUCCUUGUUCUGCUUCCUUGGCCGGGUGGGAGUGGUGGCGUUGAAUGGAGGUUUCUUCAUUCAUGCCUAUUUCAGCUCGAGCUACACGGCCUUCUAUGCACGCUUCGGUUUUGCUGUGUUUCUCAUUGAUUCAUUAUCAUUUCCUAGCUGCCCUUGUGCCCUUUUAAAAGCACCCAGUUUUACUUUUCUGUGGCUCUGUUUUUCAUUCGUGCCAAAUAACGUUGCCACAACUGUUUUUCACACACGUGCGGCGCACAGGGCUGGGUACACUCCCAGGCUGCAGCUCAGGCUCCCUGUGUGCCCUCCCCUGGCCACCCCCAGGCUGCAGAUGUCUGUACUGCCUUCGCCUGUCUGUACUGUCUGUACUGUACAGGCCUUCGCCUGUCUGUACUGGAACCAGGCUGGCAUGGUCGUCUUCCAGCGUGUUCUCACAUGGAAUUAGGGGAGACUUCCUUUAGGGUUUAUUCUCAGGUGGGGUUACCUGCAUUGUGGGGUCUCUGACAUCAAGGGAUGCUGCCUGGACCUGUGAUUACACAGGGGAGCAUGUGCUUUCUGUGAGCCUGUGGGAAGCAUACAGCACCCCCUACGGGCUGGUCUUGCCCAAAAAUAAAGAAGUAAAGUGAAAUGUGAGACUAAACGUAGCUAACAAUGGCGUGUAUCCUGUGCAGUCUUGCAAGUUUUCAUAAUAAAAAUAAUACAUAAAAAUAAACACUCGUGAAUUAUUGCCACCAUGAUUUGGUUUUUGAUUGUACGUGGUGGCCAGGCAUGGUAGUGCAUGCCUGUAAUCCCAGUCAGCACUGGGAGGUUGAGGCAGGAGGAUUACUGGAAAUUCAAGGCCAGCCUGGGCUAUAUAGUGAGUUCAAAUCUAGCCUGUACUACACAGUGCGACCCUGUCUCCAAAACAACAACAACCAAAAAUUGUGUAUGGUAGAACCCAGUCCUUUCUUGACUUAUUUUAUUGAUUGCUUGACCAGAGACAGGGUCUCAAGUCAUCUCCCACUCAGGCUUCUGAGUAGCUGGGACUACAGGUGUAGACCACGGGCCAAGAUCCUUCCUUGAUUUAUUAAACUUACACAACUGCAAUGGGUUGGGACAAAUUCACACGGUGCAGAAAUACUGAGAUUGCUUAGAGCAGAUUAGCAACGGGACACAAGUGAACGGAAUAAAGAUAUAUCUUUACCAGUUCAGAUGCUGAGAGGCAGCUCUUAGCAGAAACUUUUAAUCCUUUGGCUUUGACCUCUGUGAGCUCAAAAGAGUCUUCUCCACCAUUUUUGAACUUGUGAUGAGUUUGAAAACAUUGUACGUAAACUUCUGAAAGUGUUGUUUUUCUUCAAACAUUGAGGACAUCCUGGCAUCUUCCUCCUCCCAGUGUUGCUAUGGAAAGCUCUGGUAUUAAUCUGAUUUUCCUUCAUUUUAGCUGCCUAUUUUAUCUUUCUGGAACAUUUUAUAUUCUUUUUUAUGAUAAGUGUCUUAAUGCAGAGGAUGUAAUUUUCCAUUCUCUCAGUACAUUCAUACAUUUAUUUUUAAAUUCUGAGAAAUUCUUAUUAUUUAAAUAGUUCUCCUCCAUGGAGGUUUUUUGUUUUGUUUUUUUUGGUGCAGGGUUUGAACUCACGACCUCACGCUUGCCAGGCAGGCACUUAUGCCACUGAGCUAAAUCCCCAACCUCCUUACAUGCUUUCUGUUAGUGAGUGUUCCAGCUUCCAGAACACCGUACCUGCCACCUGCAACUCAAAGGAGAGAUUUAAUUGGCCUCCCAUGUUAAGGGGGUUCCGUCCAUGCCAUCUGGUUCCAGGACAGAAGCAUCAUGGCAGAAGGGCACGAUGGCGCUGGGCUGCUGAGUAGUCACGGGCGGCUGAGGAGGGGAGAAGGAAACGGUAUCAGAGGAAGGGCAAGGGGCCAGCGGAUGGAGACCACCACGAAGCAAAUGCCUGAGCAGCAUUGGAAAUGAACCAGCUGGCUUUGGUUACCUGUGAGUCUGGCCCAGGCCCAGGCCCCUUGUCUGGAGAUGGGCAUCGGAUUCACAGCAAGGGAACCUCUAUGGUCCCCGAGAAGGCCUGUGAUGCCAUGAGGCCUCCAAAGGACAAGUCAAGGCCACAGCCGAGGACGCCCAGCUUCAGCCCCAAUUAACUGCAGAGAGACUGUAGCUGUAGGCGUCUCACUUGUGUGGUGGUGAAUCAACCUUGGGAGAAGACAGUCUCCUAACUAGCUUAAUUUACUUGGGGAAGUCUUGAAACCGACCCCCAAGGUUCUGCUCGGUUCCCGUGCUUUCCUCAGUAUCCCCUUCCUUGGUUCGAAAACCAAAUCAGUAUGUCUGUCCAGAGAAGUUCUUCAUCUCAGAGAAUCUCAAAUUCUGCUAGAGGGUUUUGAUCCUCCUGGAGCCCUAAAAUCAUACCGUCUGUCUCUUUUAUUUAAACCUUCCCCGCCCACUGGUUUGGAAGCUGGUGGGCCUGGCCAGUCCACAGUGACCAGGCACAGCUCCAAGCUCCCAGCUCCAAGGCCCCCAGACACACUCAAGAGCACUGCAGACGGCGGGGCCCAGGCAAACCGGUCCAGGGGAUUCAGUCAGGCUAACCCCACAGCCUCCCAACACCUGUCCGCCCUGUGCCUUUGGGGUACACUCUUCAUGCGGCUUCCCUCCCCGGUGCAUCUGGCUCGUUUGCUCUUCAUUUCUAGAGUUUCCCUAUUCAUAAUCAAUACCUCUUCUAAGUUGUUCUUUUUCACGAUUCCUUAUUUCUGCUCUUCCUUAUCUCCCUGAGCAUAUUUUGCCUACUUUGAGUUAUCAUUCUGCUACUUCGGCUUCCUCUGGAACAGACUGCUCAAUUGAUUUCUUGGUAGGAAAUUUGUUCAGGUUAUUGUCUUUAGUUCACAGCACUUGGAGAUUUUUCUCAUGUUCUUGUCUUUUGUUUCCUGUUU